UGCCAUUUUGUGGCAGAGGCUACUCUGCUAAAGCGGGAGAGGGAUUAAAACAAACUGCGAAGAAGCCUGCAUUUCUUACCAGCCUGAUAAACUUUGUAGCUCAGACUCUCUGCUUUCGGCCGAGUUAAACGGGAAGAGAAUCACACCACAAAGAGGUUUUUCAGUCAGGUAGCAGCCUGAAGCCUCAGGUUGACAGGGACAGUCAGGUAGCAGACAUUUGACUCAGCAAAGCUCAGGGAGCCACAAAGCAAAAAGGAGAUCCACCUGUAUGACAGCCCUGCAGACUGCAGCCCAGUCUACAGAAAUGAUGAAAACAAUUAAUUUAUCGUUGCUUUUCCAGUCCCGAGAUGAACAGUGAAAUUGACCGCAGACAACCAAAGAUGGCAAUCAAAGGGACUGAGAUUCAAAGCACAGUGCGAAACUAAGCCCCGUCAGCCAAUAUUAUUACAAUACAUAUUUUCCCAUUGUUUCCUACCCAGCAUGGACGGAGGGCCAACAGAGGGUGUUGGGGGGGUGGAGGUCUCUGCCAAAGACUUCCCCUCCAUCCAGGCCGUUCACAGCCAGGAUGCCAUGGUGGCUGAUCUCCUACAGCAAGCUGCAGAGGCCGGGGCCGUAGUAGACGGACAAGCUGGAGUCCUCCUGGAUCAAGGUCACGGGGAAGGAAUGGUAGCAGCCACCCAGCAGCAGCUGAUGGAAGCUGGGGUGGGAGUUGGUGUGGAAGGUGGAGCAGGGGUUGAAAUGAUGGUUAUGGACUCACUGGAUCCUACCCUGUUACAGAUGAAGACUGAGGUGAUCGAUGCUGCAGUCGGGGGAUCAUCAGCGACUGUGGGUGUUGUUGGAGGGGUAGCGGGUGCUGCUCACCAAGCAACUGUAACAACAGUGGACCAGACUCAAAUCAUCACACUACAGGUGGUAAACAUGGAGGAGCAAGCGGCUUUAGGUCUGGGGGAGCUUCAGCUGGUCCAGGUGCCUGUUUCUGCCACCACUGUAGAGGCCCUGCAGCAAGGCACGUUUGUAGACACAACAGCUAUGCCAAAGGACGGAGACCCGGUUAUCUGCCACACCUUGCCUCUGCCUGAGGGCUUUCAGGUAGUUAAGGUUGGUGCUAAUGGGGAGGUGGAGACAGUGGAGCAGGAGGAAGGGGGAGGCGAAGCCCACCCUGAAGAGGAGGAAGAUGAGGAGGUGGGGAACCAGCUUAUGGAAGAAGGGGAGGAUGAGCCCAUUCAGCCCCCAACUGAUGACCCAAACUGGGCUAAAGACCCGGACUAUCAGCCACCAUCUGGAGUUGUCAAGAAGACCAAAAAGGGUAAGAAGAGUCGUCUGCGCUAUGCUGAAGGAGAUAAGGACAUGGAUGUCAGUGUGUAUGACUUUGAAGAGGAACAGCAGGAGGGCCUUCUGUCUGAGGUCAACGCUGAGAAAGUAGUGGGCAACAUGAAACCACCCAAACCCACCAAGAUCAAGAAGAAAGGAGUGAAGAAGACGUUUCAGUGUGAGCUGUGUAGCUAUACCUGCCCUCGACGCUCCAACCUGGACAGACACAUGAAGAGCCACACAGACGAAAGACCUCACAAAUGUCACUUGUGUGGAAGAGCCUUCAGGACGGUCACCCUGCUGAGAAACCAUCUCAAUACACAUACGGGAACUCGUCCACACAAGUGCACAGACUGUGAUAUGGCUUUUGUGACUAGUGGGGAGCUGGUUCGUCAUCGUCGCUACAAACACACACAUGAGAAACCCUUCAAAUGCUCAAUGUGUGACUAUGCCAGCGUUGAGGUGAGCAAACUAAAACGCCACAUUCGGUCCCACACUGGCGAGCGCCCAUUCCAGUGCAGUCUUUGCAGCUACGCGAGUAGAGACACAUACAAGCUGAAGAGACACAUGAGGACACACUCAGGAGAAAAACCUUAUGAGUGUUACAUCUGCCAUGCCCGAUUCACCCAGAGUGGAACCAUGAAGAUGCACAUUCUGCAGAAGCAUACAGAGAAUGUGGCCAAAUUCCACUGUCCACACUGUGACACUGUCAUCGCACGCAAGAGUGACUUAGGUGUGCACCUUCGUAAGCAGCACUCAUUUAUUGAGACUGGAAAAAAGUGUCGUUACUGUGACGCCGUUUUCCAUGAGCGCUACGCUCUGAUUCAGCAUCAGAAGUCCCACAAGAAUGAGAAGAGGUUCAAAUGCGACAUGUGUGACUACUGCUGCCGCCAGGAACGCCACAUGGUGAUGCAUCGUCGAACCCACACUGGAGAGAAACCAUACGCCUGCAGCCAGUGUGAAAAGACCUUCAGACAGAAGCAGCUGCUGGACAUGCACUUCAAACGCUACCACGACCCCAACUUUGUUCCCACCGCCUUCGUCUGUCCCAAGUGUAGUAAGACAUUCACUCGCAGGAACACCAUGGCUCGCCAUGCUGAGAACUGCAGCGGUGAGGUGGAGGAUGCUGAGAAUGGAGCUCCAACCCCAAAGAAAGGGAGGAGAGGAAGAAAGAGGAAGAUGAGGAGCAGGAGAGAUGAGGAUGACAGUGAGGAUGAUCACGCUGAACCUGACGAAGACGAGGAGGCUGAGGGGGAGGGGGAGGAAGAAGCAUCACUGCUGCAGGAAGAGGAGGAGGCAGAAAGCAUGGAAUUGGAUCAGGCCCCUGCCGCCAUCCCAGUACCGGCUCCUGAUGAGCCACCGGUCAAGAGGAAACGAGGCCGACCCCCAAAAAAUGCCCCCAAGCCUCCAACACCCUGCAAGUCAGUUAGGGUGGCUGCCAAGAUGACUGCUUCUGGUGAGAGCACUUUCAUGGACCACAGGAUUUAUUUAGUCUUGGGGGGUAAAAUCACAUAUACAAAAAUAGUAUAGCAAACCAAUGAAAAA